UGGUAAGAAACCUGAGGACAACACAUCCCAGCAUAGAGCGAGUUGGAGAUGGUGGACCACCUUGUAAACACGGAGAUCAACAGCCAGCGUAUUGCUGCCGUGGAAAACUGCUUUGGAGCAUCUGGGCAGCCGCUAGCUGUGCCAGGAAGGGUCCUUUUAGGGGAAGGGAUUUUAACCAAAGAAUGCCGCAAGAAACCCAAGCCUCGGAUAUUCUUCCUUUUCAAUGACAUCCUCGUGUACGGGAGCAUAGUGAUCAACAAAAGGAAGUACAAUUCCCAGCACAUCAUUCCCCUUGAAGACGUCACUUUGGAGACUCUGCCAGACACCUUGCAGAUGAAGAACCGCUGGAUGAUCAAAACCUCAAAGAAGUCCUUUGUGGUUUCUGCAGCCUCCCUCACAGAGAGGAAGGAGUGGAUCAGCCACUUGGAGGAGUGCAUCAGGCACCUGCUGACAAAGACGGGCCGGCAGCCCUCCACCGAGCACGCGGCCCCGUGGAUCCCGGACAAGGCAACAGACAUCUGCAUGCGCUGCACCCAGACCAAGUUCUCCACACUCACGCGAAGGCACCACUGCCGCAAGUGUGGCUUCGUCGUGUGCGGAGACUGCUCCAGGCAGAGGUUCCUGAUGCCACGGCUCUCCCCCAAGCCGCUGAGGGUCUGCAACCUGUGCUACAGACAGCUACUGGCUGAAAAGAAGAAGGAGGCGGAGGCCGGACUCAGGCAGCCAGAGCAGUUCCACGCUGCCAUGCCCGGCUUCGAACCUUCUAGUGGCGAUGACAGUGACAAAUCUGAUGAUGACAAAGUAGACCAAUGGCCAGCAGACACAGAGUUUUAUACCUCAGAAGUAUCUUGGUCAUCUUUCCAUAGCUGACCAUCUUGGGAACAAGUGGCAUUUGGAAACUGGGAAGCCAACUUCCAGCCUCCAAUGCAUGUCCUUCUUAAUAUUUUCUGUGGAGGCCAUGCCUGGGAAGCUGGAUUUUGGCCUCUGCUUAUGCUAUUUGUUUUGGGGAUAGGGAUGGGAAGUUGCCUUUGGUAAUUCUGAGAAUUUGUGUCAUAUAACACAAGCUUAGUGAAGAGCAAGGACUAAGGUAGAUGAGACCUGAAGAUCAGUGCUGGUCCAAAUGAGUUCAUCUUCUGUGCCCUAGUUUUCCUGUCUGCAAAAAUGAAGCAAUACUAACUUAUUUUCUUAAAUGU